UGCAAGUCAGUCUACACAGAUUUGAUCAGGAACUCUCAGGACGAGUACGAGGAGGAGAGGAAGACCAACCUCGCUGCUGUGGUGGCCUCGAUGAGUCAGUGGGAGAAAGCUCCGCUGGAAGAUCUGGGUCUUCCAGAGUCCACAUAUGAGCUGUGCUACAACGCUGCCUGCGCUCUGAUUGGCCAAGGACAGCUGACAGAGGCCAUGAAUAAACUACAACAAGCUGAGGAGCUUUGCAGAGUUUCUCUGGCGGAUGAUUCGGAUGUGACUGAGGAGGACAUCGAGUCCGAGCUGGCUGUCAUCCACUCUCAGAUGGCGUACGUCAUGCAGUUACAAGGUCGCACAGACGAGGCGCUACAGCUCUACAACCAGGUCAUCAAACUCAAGCCUUCAGAUGUCGGGCUGCUCGCUGUGACCGCCAACAACAUCAUAACUAUAAACAAAGACCAAAACGUGUUCGACUCAAAGAAGAAGGUAAAGCUGACAAACGCUGAGGGUGUCGAAUAUAAGCUGGCUAAGAAACAGCUGCAGGCCAUCGACCUCAACAAAGCCCUGCUGGCCAUGUACACUAACCAGGCCGACCAGUGCAGGAAACUGUCCUCCAGUCUUCAGUCUCAGAACCCGGGUCAGCCUCGGCCGGUCCUCAUCCAGGUCGCUCAGCUGUGCAGAGAGAAGCAGCAUGGCAGGGCUAUAGAGCUGCUACAGCAAUUCUCAGAGCGACAUCCAGAGAGUGCAUCAGGCAUCAAACUGACGAUGGCACAACUCUACUUAGUACAAGGUCAUGUGACGAAAGCUUGUGAUGUUCUACGGUCCAUCGAAGAGUUCAAGCACAAAUCGGGGAUGAUUUCAGCUCUGGUAACCAUGUACUCCCAUGAAGAAGACAUCGACAGCGCCAUUGACGUUUUCAAACAAGCUAUCGAGCAUUACCAGUCUGAGCAGACGGGAUCUGCUGCACACUUGGCCCUCGUGCGAGAAGCUGCCAAUUUCAAACUGAAGUACGGACGGAAGAAGGAAGCCAUUAGUGAUCUGGAGCAGCUGUGGAAGCGAAACACCAACGACAUUCACACACUCGCACAACUCAUCUCUGCGUAUUCUCUGGUGGACACGGAAAAAGCCAAAUCCCUCAGCAAGCACCUUCCCUCUGCAGACACGAUGGCGUUGAACGUGGACGUGGACGAGCUGGAGAACUCGCACGGGGCGACCUACGUCAGGAAAAAGGCGCCCAAGGUCACCGGAGAAAAUCUCCCCAAAGAAGCCGGCCAAGUGGAGAUCAAAAAGAAGAAGAAGAAAAAGAAAGGCAAACUGCCCAAAAACUGCGACCCCAAAGCGACUCCUGACCCGGAGAGGUGGCUGCCCAUGAGGGAGCGUUCAUACUACAGAGGCAAGAAGAAGGGAAAGAAGAAGGAGCAGAUCGGGAAAGGCACACAGGGAGCGACAGCCGGAGCGUCAGCCGAGCUGGAUGCGAGUAAGACAGCCAGCAGUCCUCCUACCUCCCCAAGACCGGGGUCAGCAUCCGGCUCCACUACAGCACCGGCCAGCAACGUGGUCCCCCCAAGACAGCAGAAACCUGCAGCCUCGGGGGCUACGCGCAAGAAGGCACCACAGAAGAAGAAGAAGGGAGGGAAAGGAGGCUGGUAGUCGGAGGGGAGAGGGGCCGAGGGAUCCACUGUCUGUGGAUGAGACAAACAAGCAAAUCAUAAGCUUUUCUCUUUUUUCAAGUUUUCAUUUGAAUGUUUUUACUUUUGGCCGUUUGUUUAAAAUGAUGUGAAACCAAAAUCUCCCCUUUUCUUCCUCUUUCUCAUUUAUUGGUAAUGUUUUUAAUUAAAGGACAGAGGAGGAAGAGUUCCACUUUAAUGAACUUUGUGUCGCUCUGCAUAAGGUGGUUCAAAGAUGUUUCUGUUUUAACUGGUGAUGUUUUGAAGUCUCAGUAAAAUGAAACUAAACAAACUUUAGAAAAAGAAAGUAGAUAUUUCUUCAUAUGAGGUCGGGAUGAGGGAUAACAGUUUUCUCUCUGUACUGUUUGUUGUUUAGUAUUUCUGAUACUAGAACUCCUUUAAACUGCUUUUGCAGGGUUACUUAGAGUUCAUCUUUGGGGGGGGGGAUUGUCCUGUCCUGGGUCUGAGUAUCAUGACAUCGUUUUUUUGCAUCACGUUUCCUUAAAUUGUCCCUUUUACUUUAAUUGAGCUGCAAACAUUCAACGUUUAAGAGGUAUUUAUUUUAAACUCCCCGUGUUGGUCUGAAUUCAAGCUGAAUCAUUUUUAAUUCUUUAAAUUUGUCAGGUGCAUGUGUCAGGAAGAAAGAAAAAAGACAAAGAGAUGAAAGAGGUUUCCCGUUUUGUUAAAGUCUUAAUAAAACUCUGAGCAGCAGAAACAUGA